AUGGCCGCAAACACGAGCUCAGCAACACCACCCAGUGAUGAAGGCCUCUUCAUGAUCGACGCAAGGGCGCCUGGCGUGAUCCCAAUUCUGCCCCAGCGGAAUCACCUCUGCAACGUCGAAGAGGACUGGUCAGGCGUCACGGCACAAGCCAAGCGCCGCCGCCUUCAGAACCGCAUCAACCAGCGCGCACGGCGACAGAAGCUCAAGGAGGAGGAGAAGAAGCAGGCGGCCACCCAGACUCCAAGUCUCGACAGCGACAUACAGGAAAUCCCUCGCAACGCCGUUAGAACACUACGCAAAACGUUACCGGCCCCAGCCUGCAUGUUGGGCAAGGCGGAGAACCGCGAAAUGCUCACGAGGUUCGCCGAGCUUGCACGCAACGACUUCCUCGGAGCGCCCAACAUGAUCCACCUCGAGGACACGGUGCGAUGCAACGUCUUCCUGGCCAUGGCGCGCGUCACGACGAUUCUCAGUUUCGAUGACAGCUGGCUUGACGACGACUCCAUCUCGCCGUACAACAUGCAAGGGCCGCGGACGUGGUCGCUGGACGCAAUGCCCGCAAAUCUGUGGCCGACGGUGCUGCAGCUGGCGGUGGAACACCACCCCUGGAUUGAUCUGUUUCCCUGCCCGCGGAUGCGCGAUAAUUUCCUGCGGACUAUACAAGCCCACGGCGAGGAUGCGGUCGACGAGGACGAACUGUGUCGGGACUAUGUGGAUGCAGCAGGAGCUAAGAGGGGGUUGGAGGAUGGUGCGUCUGCCAUUGUGUGGUCCGAUCCGUGGUCGCCCCAUGGGUGGGAGCUUACGGCGGGCUUUGUGAAGAAGUGGGCGUGGUUGCUAUACGGGUGUGUUGAGCUACAGGCGGGCACGAAUGCCUGGAGGACGCGACGGGGGCUCGAGAGACUGCGAUUCCCAGGGUGCUGA